GCUUCGAUAAGAGGGUAGGAGCGGCAUCUCUGGUUACAGGGUCGGGCAGAGUGCAAAGGGUAGAGUCCAGGUUGGACAGCACUUCAUCUAGCCAUGGCGGCGUCUGGGGAGCCUCGGAGGCAGUGGCAGGAGGAGGUGGCGGCGGUGGUAGUGGUGGGCUCCUGCGUGACCGACCUGGUCAGUCUGACUUCUCGUUUGCCAAAAACUGGAGAAACCAUCCAUGGACACAAGUUUUUUAUUGGCUUUGGAGGGAAAGGUGCCAACCAGUGUGUCCAAGCUGCUAAGCUUGGAGCAAAGACGUCCAUGGUGUGCAAGGUUGGCAAGGAUUCUUUUGGCAAUGAUUAUAUAGAAAACUUAAAACAGAAUGAUAUUUCUACAGAAUUUACAUAUCAGACUAAAGAUGCUGCUACAGGAGCUGCUUCUAUAAUUGUCAAUGAUGAAGGCCAGAAUAUCAUCGUCAUAGUGGCAGGAGCAAAUUUACUUCUGAAUACUGAAGACCUGAAGGAAGCAGCCAGUGUCAUUAGCCAAGCCAAAGUCAUGAUCUGCCAGCUAGAAAUAACUCCAGCAACUUCUUUGGAAGCUCUGACAAUGGCCCGUAGCAAUGGAGUGAAAACAUUGUUCAAUCCAGCUCCUGCCAUUGCUGACCUGGAUCCGAAGUUCUACAGCCUCUCGGACGUGUUCUGCUGCAAUGAAAGCGAGGCUGAGACUUUAACAGGCCUCACGGUGGGCAACCCAGAAGAGGCUGGGAAAGCUGCAAUGGUACUCCUGGCAAGGGGCUGCAAGGUUGUAAUCAUCACCUUGGGGGACAAAGGAUGUGUGUUGCUGUCCCAGACAGAACCUGUCCCAAAGCACAUUCCCACAGAAAAGGUCAAGGCUGUGGAUACCACGUGUGGACCUGGCUGCAGACCCAAGAGUGAAGCAGCAACUUUAAGAAAGCAGAAACAUUAUAAAUAACCCAAAGAACCCUUUUAUAAUAGCAACUGCCUGCUGAUUUUGUGGCCUAACAGCUCAAGCAGAAAAGGAUAUAAAUACAAUAUUGUGCAAUGACUAAUUACUCAAAACUCUGUGCAUCAGCAGAAGUGGAACCUGCGGUUGGUGCUAAUGUUAUCAAAUGCCUUUGCUGUUUAAUAAUCUGUAGCUUUAUAUUAUCUAGCAUGGAAUUUUCACAGAAAACAAUGAUUGUAUUUCAAGUACCUCUCACUGAAAUUAAAAAGCAGCUGUUAAAAGAUGAA